AUGGCGGUUGCGAGCGCGCCCAAUUUGCCAUUUGUGCACCCGUCAAGACAGAAUUUUCUGCCUCCGACCGGACCACGUGUGCAAAAUCAACACCAGCCAAACCAGCGAGAGACUCGCCCAACCAACCACGCCCAAUUCGAAAGCAUGGAGGAGAUAGCGAGAGCAGCCGCAUCGAUACUCCGCUAUAUUGAUGAAUCCGCCCACGAAACCACUGGCGCCGUCCAUGGCUUCGUGAAGCAGGUGCAUCGAUACGCCCAGAACGCCCAACGGGGUGAUACGCAGGGGAUGGAGAGAGUUCUGCUGGCGCUGGAGAAAAUCUCCCGCACCACCGACCACCUCACCCAGCGGAUGAACACGCUCGAGAAAUCCACUGGUGAGAUAUCCAAAUCAACCACGGAGAUCUCCAAAUCAACAAGCAGUAUCCAAUCUUCGAUCUCCAACGAAUCCUCAGCGGCGGCGUGGCGCGGCUUCCGUGCCCAGGGGUGGCGGCAGUCGGUCGCGGCAGCAGCCCCCUUCGCGGCUGGCCCGUCAUCGUGGCCAAGCUCGGAUGGCACGUCAUCGAUCGGGGUCCCUCAAGCCGAGCUACAGGAAGACCGGCAGAUUAUCGUCAAGAUUCGUGACGAUGCGGUACGGGCAACGCUCCGGUCCAAAUCAGAGACCGACCUCGUCCUCCAGGCAGAUCGGGGUCGGAUAGCCGUGGCAAGAAAGAAGGAUAGUGGUGCUCUCGCUGGCAUUCGGGUGGUUGCGGCCCGGAAGCUACCCUCAGGGGAUAUAGCGAUCAUUACUGACACGGCUGCGUCGGCGGAGGUGAUGCGGAAGGCCCAGUUCAAAGACUGGCUAAAACCGUUCGGUAAUGCAAUAAUCCAGAGGCCUACCUGGGGGGUAGUUGCGCGUGGGCUACCUCUAUUCGACGUGACGGACCCUGCGGAGAUGAAUAAGACUGCGGAUGAACUACUUCGUCAGAACCCGGAGUGGUCUAGUGAGGGUGAGGAUGAGCCUAUUAUCCUCCACCUGAGCUGGCUCACUAAGCCUACUCCGAGGAAGAACGAGGGCUCCUUGGUCAUCGAGAUGUCGUCGCCGGUCGUAGCCAACCGGGCGAUCGCUGUUGGCACUAUCUGGGGCCAUCGGAUCUGCCAAACCACCCGUUUCUGCCGUGAAGGGAGAUCGAAGUUCUGCAGGAAGUGCCAGAAACCAGGGCACGUUCAGGCUCACUGUCCCUCCAAAACCUUUCUGUGCGGCUACUGCGCGGCCGAGCACCCUACCUGGGAGUGCGAGGCCAUACGCGGAGCCGUAGUAACUAUCAAGUGCGCUAACUGCAAAGGACCACACCGGUCUACUGCCCGCGAAUGUGAGGUUCACGAGAGAGAGGUAGCCAGGGCAAGAAGUAGUCUGCUCGAAGCGCCACCUUUUCACCGCAUCCCUGCCCGUUAUAGGCAGGCCACGGCUCAACAACCCGCAGCCCGGCAACCUCAGCGACAGGUCCAGCCAGUCCAGCCGGUUCAGUCGGCUCAGAAGAAACCCCCACAGCCUCGGGUGAUGAUUCAGUCGGAUUACAACACGCGAUCCCGACGGGGCCAGGGCCUCGAAGCGUCCCAGCACGCUCCGGCAGCACAACAGUCCACACAGUUAUCACAGCCACCUACACAACAACUAAGCCAAUCGGCACGCCGAGGCCCAGGCCGACCACCAGGCUCCAAGAACCGUUCUAAAUCGUCCACCAAUGCGGCGGCCUCCGAGGUACGCACGGACACGGCUAUCGAAGCUACCGAGACCAUUGAGGCCCCAAACCCACACAAGCGAGCGCGUUUCAAUAAUAGAGGGGAGGAGGACCACGCUAUGCAGGACACUGCGUCAGCGGCCCUCGCGUUGGUGGGGCUAGAGGAUAUCCAGGCCCAGGAAGAGGACGAAGAUAUCCAGGCCUUCCAGCGGUUGAUGCGGUCCUCGGUAGCCAUACCAGAUUCACCACUAAGCUCACCACCACAAUUGCUACUACAGACUGCUGAACAAGACCUGCCUCCACCGGAAGAUGUCGUGACGAACUUUCCCUUCACCCCCAUCGAAGGGGUUCGAUACGAAACCUACGUGAACUCAUGGACCGAGGAGGAGGAAGAGAUCUUUCACGACGCAUCAUCGGACAGCGACUACGACCCGACUCGUCAAUGA